AGCUAACCCACUGUUGUCAUCAGUCGUGAUCAGUAGGUUGAGAGCUACGCUGUGCUGUUCAAAUAUGUUACAAAAGUUUCUUCCAAUUAUCACAUUAAUAUGUAUGACAAAGUGCGAGCAUUCUUUUCAAAGUUAUUCGACGGAAAAUUUGUAUGCGAUACUUGAUCAAACGACAGAAUACUUUCAAAAUCUUUCUAAUGCAUACGAAGUAUUAAAUACUGACAGUUCAAAUGAUAUUAAUAAUACAAUUAAUAAAUAUAUGGAAAAUGUGACCAAAACAAUCUUUCAAAGCCACAAGCGACAAAAAAGGAGUCUUCCGAAUGAUUUACAAUCCAAUAAAGAUGUAAAUAUACUAGAAGGUUUCGAAGAGACUUCGUCUUUAAAUCUAUCAGAUUUGCAGGACGUAGCUUUCUUUUCUAUGCAAGAUGAACAUCAGCAAACGUUUUGGCUUGCAGCAGCCGUCCAUUCCUCAAAUAUAUCGCUUUAUCAAUUCGUUGAUAAUAAAGCACAACUUGUGGGAACGCAUCCACUAUCCGAUGGAAGACGUAUAAUCGUAACCAGUUAUAGCGCCGGUACGUUUAUAGUCGUGCAAAAGGGUACCGAUGGAAUCAUCAUUUUACGUGUCGGCAAGAAUAAGAACGCUAAUUACGAAUUACAAUUCAAACAAGAGUUCGAGAUUCCCGAAGUGAUGCACGCGGAUAUGUGGCUCGGAAUGAAUCAAUUAUACUUGGGAAUCGCAUCAAAGACGAAAAUAUUCGUAUACGUAUGGCUCGGAGAGCACUUUGAUAAAACUGAUACCUUACAUUUCGGAGCAAGAAAAUUAUUGCCCUUCCAGAGCAAGAGCUUCAUGCACAUUGCGAUUGUAGGAUCUCUCACCAAGAUAUUUCGCUUUUCCAUGCGUUCCAAUAAAUUCGUAGAGAUGCAGAGAUUGCAUUACGCUAGAGAUGUUAGCUCAUUCUACUUCAAAGAAGAUCACUUUGAGGAGCGUUUCCUAGUUUUAGCCGGUAACGAUUCUACAAUUUUGUAUAAAGAAAUGUAUGGUCGCUUCGUCCCGUUUCAAAGAAUCGCUUCGGCGACGUAUAUUCAUUCCCUGGCGAUGGGAAACACUGUCGUUCUUCUCUUCGCGGAGGAAGAUGCUGUGAGAAUUUAUCAGUAUAAUGGAUGGAGAUUUCUCAAGACGCACAUAAAUCUGUCCAACACUCGUCAAAUUCGUCGAAUUCGUUCGUAUAAUAAUCAAGAUAUACUGAUGGCGCAAAAUCAAGAUGGGGAAUGGAAAUUUCUGCGACCUAUUUGGACCGCGAAGAAGACAUGGAAGUCCUUACAGAAUGAAAUAGCUGCUUGGUGUUUGGAGAUCCAGCGAAAGUUGUCUCAAAGAACCUUGGAAAAAAUUCCAGAGUCUAGAAAUCUCGUCAUCCCGAACGCAAAUAUCGGUCAACUUCGUGUUCAAAACUUAAAUGAUUAUAAUGCGGAGACGUUGAUUCGCUUAACGCGACAAUAUAAUAAUACAAUCGCCAAAUUAAACGCGGUAAACAAUCUCUUGGCGCAAGAAAUUGAAAAUACUAAGGAAUCUAAACGCACAGUUUUAUAUGGCAAAAAGGUCACAGUCAAGUGCAAGACAUCUUGUUACAUUCAUCAUAUUAUUACGGACAACAAAGUUAAACCUUCUAAAUACGUAAAUACGAAAGCUGCCAAUCAGACUCUAAAACUUGACAAACUAAAAGUAAAAACGAUAAAUGAUUGGAAAUGUCCUGUUCCUAAUUUUAAUAUAGAUGAUAUAUCUGUGAAAGAAUCUAUCAACGGGAUACUGAUGCGGGACCUACAAGAAAAAACAUUAAAAAUUUCUGGAGAUCAGGAAGUUUCAAGUACACAUAUUUUUAUCAACUUGCACACGAUAAAUGCUUCGAUCCCGUUGGACAUCGCGACAAAUAGCACCCGACAAAUAGUGCAAAUGAGAGAAGCAAGAGUGAAAGAGCUAUAUCUAACCGAGGAUGAAUUUUUCUUGCCGUUGAAUAGUUCCAUGACUGUAAUGAACGGCGCAAUAACCGCCACAAAAGUGAGAGUCACGGGUCUUGUUGAAUUAAAAGGCGGGAUAACAGGCAAAGGAAUUGAAAAAUUGGCGCCCAUAAAAUAUAUUUCCACACCCUUGAUCCUUAACGGCGAUUACUUUUUGCAAGACGUGAUCUUUAGCAAUCUUAUCAAAGCCAAAGAUAUCGUUCGUAUUCGCGGACCGUCGUUAAAAGAGAUCUCGGAAAACCGCAUACCGCUAGAUUCUAAUGUGCCUGUGCACUUAACAUUAUCCAGCGAUAAGACACAAUGGAACAACGUGAUUUUGUGGGACUACACGAAUUGGGUGACGAAGAAUUCUAUUGAGACUGUUAUUUCUGGUGCAAAAUUUACGAACAAUAGUGUCGUUUUGACAAAGGAUACUUAUGCAAAGCUUCCGAUUCCAAAACUGACGAUUCCUUUAUGUGCUACGGAAGUCGUCACUCCGGAAAUUAGAACUUCUUCGAUGAUAGUGGAUGAUUUGGUUGUAAAAAAUUUAAAUGUUUCGCACGUAAUUGGAGCUGAUAAUUUAAACACGACCAUUUUUAGUCCAGUGUCAGCUUUGCGCAGCAUUGAUUUUUCAAAGAAGCUAUUUACAGGUCGCGUUUUCGUUAAGAAUAUUUCAGCAUCGGAAAUUAAGGGAAUAAAUUUAAGAGACUUGAAUAUUCAAAUGAACGAUUGGAUGGAUAUAAAUCAUCUUAAAGGACCGAUAAAUAUUACAAAGUUUGUUGUUAACAAUCUUGAAACGCCAGUCUAUCUCAAUCUCGCUUUGCCUACAAGAGUAAAAAACGUAAUUGUAAAAGCGGAUAGCGACAUUGGAAAGAUCAAUAACAUUAAUAUACAGUCUUUUACGGAGAAUGUACUAAAAGUGACAGACAUAAUAUCCUUGGAACACGUGACAUUCACUAACGGUUUUACAUCAAGUCACAUAUAUGCUUCCCAUUCGACGUUAAAUCUCUCCCAUUUAGAUGCACAUCUCAAUCUUCAUUCAAAACAGAUUUCUACAACAUUGAAAACAAAUGGGAUAAAUGUACCUCAGACUUUCGGUUAUAUCGCGAGCGAUGUACCAUCGACAUUUGUUGUACAAGGAUCAGUCAAAUUUUCAACAGAGCCAAUUAUACAAAAUAUACGAGAUGUAAAUCUCAAACAAUUAUCUGAAGAUAUAUGGAUGGCAAAUGAAGAUACCGUUCUCUCUGGUAGCAAUAUGAACUUCAAAAAUAUAACUUUAAAAGCAGAUGUUAGGAUAUACAAUCCUACAAAUUCAUUGAAUGUAAAAAUGUGGUCAGACUUGUCCAGCAAAUUAUUGAGUAAAACAAAAGAACAGCAUAUUACCGUAGUUUCCUCAUUUAAAAAUGUUGAAGUACCCGCUAUCAUUGCGGCGAAUAAUGCAACUCUUGAAUCUUCGGACAUUAACUUGAAAGAUAUGCUAACUAAUUCAUUAAUGAGAAAUGCGGCACAAACCGUGGAUGCUGUGUGGUAUUUUGAAGAAUUGAAUAUAAACAAUUUCAAUUGGGAUGGUAAACUCAAUGGAAUUAAUUUGAACACGGAUGUUGUUAGACAUGACGCAAAACAGAACAUUGUCACCGGAAAGAAGACGAUUUCAAGUUUGGCAACUAAAGAUCUCUGGUUGUUAAAUAUAGAUUUUUCGAACUUGGUUAAUAAUGCUCUAACUCAAAACUGUCAGAAAAUAAUUACAAUUAAAGGUCGAAAAACAUUUAACAACAUCAUCUUGAAUAAUUUGAGCGUUAAAGGUACGAUUAUGGGUCGCAAGAUCGAAGAAGCAUUAUUAAAAUCCAGAAAUCAAACGUUAUUCGGAAUCAAGAAGAUACAAGGCCAGCUUAACGCACCUUCUCUCGUUAUUGACGGUAUCGUGAAUGAUGUAAAUCUGACAGAGCUAUCAAACAAUCAAAUGAAAAAACAUAAAACAAUGCAGACGAUAGACAGCACAUUCGAUUUUAAGAAUGAUCUUGAAGUUUUCGGAAAUGUUACAAUUAGCGGGCUCUACGAAAGGAUAAAUUUAACGAACAUUAGUAAUCAAAAUGAAAUAGAUGCAGUCUUGGACAGAACGACAAAAGUUGUGGAAAUGGUAGAGAAUAUAACAACUGCAUUGCAAAAUCGUGCAAUUUAUGUAAAUAAAUUUGAAGUGGUAGACGAGGAUGUAUUAGAAAUGACUUCUAGCAUUUUUACUGCCGAGAAUUCGAUAGAUCUAAAUAGUACUUGUCUUUGCGAGCCGGAAAAUAUUUCUUCGCUUUGCAACGAUACGAAAUUAUUUGAUAUUCUUACCAAUACAAAUUCCAGCACGUUUAUAACAAAGAAAUUAGUACCGUUGAAUAACGGUGUAUUUGCAAUAAUAGUGUCAUCGGAUUUGAUCUGGAUUUAUUCAUAUAUUAUUGCAGAAGAACAAUUUUAUCGGGAAGCAGAAUUAUACGUGCCUGGUAUACUUGAAGCAUCUGUGGAACCGAUCGACAAUUCAAUAUGGAUUAUUUUGCGAUUGCCUCAACAAACCUUGAUAUUGCGUUAUCAAGUAUGGAAGGAGCUUGAACGAUACAUUUUGCCAGGUUCGAGUUCAUUUGUAAUCAGCAAAACACCGAAUAAUCAACAUCUGUUAAUACGAUUUGAUGGUAUAUGGAAUCUCGAAGGAAUCUCUCAGCCUGAACAUAUUUUUAAAAUGCCUCUGGAUGGAAAAAUAAAAACUUUUGCUCUCGGUGCUGAUUAUUAUGUUAAAGCGACAACGGCAAAUAAUACGACUGUUUUAAAAGCGCGAUUCAUGGGUAAUUAAAAUGUACACUUUCUUAGUAAUUCUUGUAAAUGAGCUUAAUUGUGCGAUGUCAAUAAACACAUAUAUUUUUGCUUUUGCAAAUCGAAAACGAGAAAAAUAUAAAAAGAAAAUUUAUAGAUAUAUGCGUUAAUUAUAUCUAUGAUAAGUGUUUGGAGAAAAAUUUGUU